AAAACAUAGCUGUGAUCUGAUGUGGUAUCCAAGAUGCCGUGCAAUCCACCGAAGACCAAUGCGGAUAAGAUGUGGCCGUACGAAGAGUACUACACAGGAGAGAGGGAUGAGGAGAACAGGAAGAAUGGGAAAGGAAUGCACAACUGGACAGGGGCUGAGUCUCUAGAGUCGUACAAAGGUUGUAUGCUCCGGGAUACGAUGCACGGCGCUGGUGACUACCGCUGGCGGUACUUAGGACCUGAACAUUCAGCCUUUACCUACGAGGGCAGAUUCUACAACAACACCUUGCAUGGAUAUGGCCUGAUGUCGUACCCAGAUGGACGGGUUUUUAAUGGUUUAUGGCAAAACAAUAUCCGCUGGGGUCCCGGAGUUGAGACCCACGCGUGUUUGCGAGAAGACGUGGGUCUCUGGUAUGGGUACCAGCUCAUCAGAUUAGCCUGGCAGCCAGCGGUGCCAAGCGUGGCCAUCGAUUUGGUGUCCAACCCAGUCGGUGCCACAGUGGUAGCACCGCAUCGAAUACUGCUGUCUACGAACACGAGGAUUAUCGGUGAAGUAAACUCGGCAAUAGAACUUCUGAAACAAUAUGGGGCAAAACCGUUGGCGGCCGCAGAAAAAUGGAAGAAGUUGUACCCUAAAAACUGCACCGACACUUCCAGCCAGCUUUGCCAUGUGGAGGCCUUCGAUCGCGCUUACUAUGAUAACCAGAUCGAAACGCUGGUUGAAGUUGCUCCGGAAGAAAUUGAAGUGAAAGACAAGGACGGAAGUUCCGCUAGUAAAGAUAGUGCCAUGGAAACUAAGACGUAUUAUUACGCUUGGAAUAACAACAAGACUUUGAUCCAUAUGAUGAAGCACUGCUUUACGCAUGAGUUUCAGAGGAAGGACGCUCGAGUCAGCCUCAAAAAUAUACUGUCUGGCCCCAGAAAGGCCUUUAAGCCGGCUGGCAAGCACGAAUUGGAUUGUAGGACAAUACUAAUGGCAGCGUAUUUGGGACAUAUCGCGAACGUAGCCCAGCUUAUAAAUGAAAGUGACGUCAUGUCUGAUGUUUCUGAUUUACAGGGAAACUCUGUCAUCAUGUAUGCGGCUUGUGGGGAUCAACCAGAUAUUAUACAGUUCCUAGUGGAAGCUGGAGCAGAUGUGGACGCGUACAAUGACGCGUGCUGCACACCGCUUGGUAUCGCCCUGUUGAGGUACACUUUGGAGAAGCAAGGCAUACCAUACAAUGCGAUGUUACAAGCUAUACUACCACCACCGCCUGCAGGACCUCUUUCACCAAAAGAAUCAAUUCUGGAAUGGCAUAUAAACCGUGACUUACAACCAGCUACAGACAGUUUACAAAAGUCCCCCAGCAAACAAAAUAACAAGCUUCCUCUAGGAAGAAAACCUUCAGUGAAAGACAUACCGACUGCUGGAGGUAAAAAAAAACCAGACACGUCACCAAAACUUGAAGUGCAAAAACUCUCCGAAUCUGAUACGAAAACGGACACAGUCGAAGAUAAGCGAGUUUAUGAUAGUAUUAAUACUGAAUACUUGAUACAAGUUGCCGAAGCAUUUUCAGUAAUCAGUGAGGUUAGCCCGAUACCGUACAUUUUUGAAGUGCACGACAUGAGUAGAGACGUGCUUUUGUUAACUGAGGAGGACCAGAAAAAGCAGCCAGAUAAGAAUACAAAGAAAAAUUCGUCUAAACUUUUUAAGGAUUCUAUGAAACCUAGCAGAGACAAUAUGUGGCAAGACAAGGAAGAUGUUAUUGAUACUAUUGAACAAAUGAAACAAGAAAAGCUGUCGCGGAUAAUGGGGACUAUCCUACAGCUGUUGCAUGAAGGUGCGGACCCGCGCAAAGUGACAUGUCCGCAGCCGGCAUUGGUAAUAGCCGCCGUGUCGGGUUCCGCAGAUCUAGUGCGCCACCUAAUGAACCAUGGUGCAGAUCCUGAUGAAGAAUAUCCAGAAUUAUUUGGCUACUCAACUUUAGACCUGGCAGUCAGUGGGCCACUAACCUACGACAACUUGGAAGUGAUACGCACAUUGUUGGAGCAUGGGGCGAACCCAAACCGUCGGCUGCAAGUCCCUGAACCACUGAGGCCGUCUAGUGCAGUGGUUCCCGAGGUCACCAAAGAUGAUGGAGCAACGUUACUGCACGCGGUAAUUGCAAGGAAAGUUGAGGUUGAACCUGAAAGUGUUAAUGUUAUUGAGAUCCGUAACCAAAUUGUCGAGUUACUGCUUAAAUAUGGGUGCAGUCCUAUAGCCCAAUAUAACGGUUUAUCUGCGGUAGACGUAGCCAUGACCAAAAGUAUGGACUUAUUUGACAUCUUCAUAAAAAGCCCCCAAACUGACCUCAAUGCCAUUAUCAACAAUUCCAACCAAACUAUGCUAGUCAAGAUGUUUUACUUGCCUUUUUGCAAAUCUAUACCACUCUCGGAGAGAUUGCAGACGCUAACAAAUCUGCUACUGUUUGGAGCGGACCCUUUAAUAAAGUGCCGGAAUGGAAAAGAAGAGUAUGACAAUCUGUUCGUGUAUGUGAGAAAGACGUUACUUGAGUUAGAAUCUGCGCGCAAACCUCCUAGUCCCACAGGCGCAAAAAAAAGUAAAAGCGAAUAUAAGCCCAAAAAAGAGGAAAAAGCGCCUGCAAAGCCCGCAGCAGGAGCGAAAGGCGCAAACCCAGGCGGUGCUAAGACACAAGGGAAGGCCCCUGAUGACAGUCCUGGUGAUUAUAGACAGGCGCUAGAGCUCGUGGUCGAGUGUGCGAGACUUCUGUACAUAAGGUGGCUGCAAGCGAAGCUGAUGAAGGAGCUCAUUGACAUUGUAAACAAGUUCAGCCAUCGUCACUGGAACAUGAUUCUAAAAGAACAUAAGAAUAAGAAAUGUGCAGGUCUAUGGUUGACUGCAUUUAGAUGUCUAGAGAUUUGGGAUGUCCUGAAAACAACGAAGAAAAAAAUGUAUAACGAUGAAAAGAUUUUGAAAAAAACUUUGUGUAUAAUUCAUUUUUAUUACAAGAGGACACGAAAAAUUUUGCGGUGUCCCUCACUAACGUUUCAAGAGAAAGAAUUGAUAGACCGGGAAGUAAAAGUUUUGAUUCAUGAACAUAAAUUGGCUACAAUGUCGACUCCGGACAUGGUACCAGCUAUUCGGCCUUACGUCACUCCCGAACUGACUGUUAAAGGGGCAGAAAAAUUCAACGUGUGCUUCGAAUGUGCCAUGCCACUACUUGCUGACGCUAAGAUUACUUGCGACUCAUGUAAACUCGUCUCAUUUUGCUCAUUUGAAUGCAUGAAAAUUAAUGUCGAUAGAGUAAAUUGUCAUCCAUGCAGCAGUCAUCUAAAAGACAAGUACUUCCCGACUCCAGAAUCAACUGAAACUAAUACUGAAAUUACUUAAUUAUUGUCUUUCAUGCUAUGUUUUUGUGGCACUUCACGUUUUUGUGCUAAUUACUUAUCUUGAUUUUUUUUUUUUUUGCUACAACAUGGAAAUAAAAUAAUUGAAUCUUUAUGAAUAAAAUAAUUUAAGACGGCAGUAUUUAACGUUAAUUGCGCUAUUUGACAUUGACAUCAACUUACAUGACAUAAC